UAAUUCUUACAUUUCGGGUUGUCACAGACGACGUCAAGAUUGUCCAAGUGUGGAGAAACGAUGCUUGAGGCUUUGUGAUUAGCGGCUGCCGCCAUAUUUGUUACGUCUUUAUAGUCCACUCGUCACCACUUUGUGACUGUGGUCAAUUUACGUGACUAUUCGCGAAAGUAGAGCUUUAAAUAAACGAUUGUAAAUCGUGUAAAUCUUUCCUGCUAGCAAGCCUUAAAAUUGAUGUGUUACUUUUGGGAAUUACCUAGUACACUGUAUUAGUCCUCAAAUAAAAUCACCACUUGGGAAUUAAUACCACACGCCAAGAUGCCCCGUAAAGGAAAACGUUCUCUUGCCGCAAAGCGUCGGUGGAAACAGAACAGGCUGCAGUUACCUGGCUCUGCAACCCAAUGUGGCGCUGAUGAUGCUCAACAAAAGCAGCAGGGUACCUUUGGGAAAGACUAUAUCAUCAGCUUGAAAACCAAUAAAAUCACACAGUUGUCACGUUUGAGCAAAACGAGACGGGCAAAAGAAAUAAUGAGGGCACGGAGACAUAAGGCGCUGCAGCAGCUGAGGGCUUGUAGUGAAAGCAUUAAAGACUCUAAUGCUCCAGCUACUAAGGCCGACCAUUCCGCGUCUCCAGCUUGCGGGGAGUCCAGUAACAGUUGUCUUUCAGCGAUUUCAGAUGUGCACUCUAUGUCAAAUGCUCACUGUGAUGACACCAUUCCUGUAAAAACUGCUGGAGGAAAGGCUUUUGCAGGGUCACCAGGGAUGGCCAGCAACAUCACCCAGACAGAAACAUCAAGAGUGACAGAGGAAGCUCCUAAGUAGAACCAAAGACUGAAGUUCCUCAAUCUACUAUGGAGAAAUAACCACUUGUUUGUCAUAUUGUUUGUCAGACAUAUUUGAAAUGCUAGGAAGGAUCUGUUUCUGAAUGUUCUGAACGGCUGUGUCUAUGCUAAGAGUUAUAGGGAGCUAUAAAAUGAAUGCCAGAACUUUGGGGAAAAAAACCACUUGAAUAAAAAAAAGAACUCAUAGCAGCUGUUCCAAUAUAAUUGUAAUGUAAGGUGCAGGAGUGUGGAGCGAGUCGUCUGAAUCGGGUACCACGGGUACGCUUUUCGUUAACUCGUUCACUUCCUCAACAGCUUCUAACGAUGCCAUAACUGAAGGGACACCAAGUCAAGUACAUGUGCGUGCCUUCUGUGACUCGUGUGAUUCGAAUGCCCCAUUAACUUCAAUAAGUGACUCAUAAGAACUCGGGUCAGUAAAAGUAAGUUAGUUUCCAUCACAACUCUGUGGUUCAUUGCUAUUUGUCAAUUUCCAUUAGUCACCGCCUCUUUCGCAUUUUCAUCCAAUCACCAAAGGGCAUGGACUGAGCGUACGCCUUUUCAUAGUUUGUCGCCGCCUUUUCCGUAAUUUGGUCCAAUCGCCGCAAAGGUCUCCACCGGAAGUUUUGAACUAACCCAAACGCGGGAAUUCGCUUACUUUUUUUCAUCCGGACAACAGAGAAGGUUGGUGUUGAACAAAGAUGAAGGUUGUAACAUGUGAGAUCGCCUGGCACAACAAAGAGCCCGUCUACAGUUUGGACUUUCAGCACAGCUCUGAUGGACGCACACAUCGACUGGCCACAGCUGGAGUGGACACCACAGUCAGGCUAUGGCGAGUCGACAUGGGCCCAGAUGGGAAAGCAGUGGUGGAGUUUCUGUCGAAUCUAACCAGACACACAAAGGCGGUCAAUGUAGUGCGUUUUAGCCCCACUGGAGAGCUUCUCGCCUCAGGAGGAGAUGAUGCAUCCAUUCUACUAUGGAAGCUCAAUGACAACAAGGAGCCUGAACAGGCUCCUGUGUUCCAGGACGACGAAGACGCUCAACUCAACAAAGAAAGCUGGACCGUCAUCAAGACACUGAGGGGCCACAUUGAGGACGUGUAUGACAUCUGCUGGACCCAUGAUGGAAAUUUCAUGGUGUCUGGUUCUGUGGAUAACACCGCGAUUAUGUGGGACAUCAACAAAGGACAGAAACUGUGCAUCCUGAAUGACCACAAGAGCUACGUGCAGGGUGUGACCUGGGAUCCACUGGGGCAAUAUGUUGCCACUCUCAGUUGCGACAGAGUAAUGCGUGUGUACAGCACACACACCAAGAAGAAGGCCUUUUGUGUCAGCAAAAUGAGCUCAGGGUCCCCUGCAGACGGAGAGGUCAAGCAGCACCGUAUCUUCCAUGACGACAGCAUGAGGUCGUUCUUUCGUCGCCUUUCCUUCACACCAGACGGAUCCUUCCUGCUUGCUCCAGCGGGGUGUGUGGAGGCUGGAGAAAAUAUUAUAAAUACUACCUACAUUUUUUCCAGGAACAGCCUCAAGAGGCCGGUAGCCCACUUGCCAUGUCCAACGAAAGCAACACUGGCCGUGCGUUGCUGCCCCGUCUACUUUGAGCUGAGAACCAAGAAGGGAGAUGACGACUCCAUCCAGCCCAAUUUAUUCCACUUGCCGUACCGUAUGGUGUUUGCGGUGGCAUCCGAGGACUCCAUCUUCCUGUACGAUACGCAGCAGACAUUCCCGUUUGGUCUGGUGUCCAACAUUCACUAUCACACACUCAGUGACCUCACAUGGUCUCGAGAUGGUUCCUUCCUGGCCGUGUCCUCCACAGAUGGAUACUGCUCUUUCCUGUCCUUCUCUCCCGGGGAACUGGGCACGCCACUGAAGGAGCCGCCCCCACUGGAGAUCUUUACCCCAAGCAAUGGCGCUGAAAAGAAGGGCAAAAAGACUCCACAAGGCAGGACUUCGUCUCCUGUUUCCCAGCCGCCGAGCACGGCCUCCACUCCCACGUCCCACGCCAACCUCUCCUCUGCAACGACGCCUGACGAGAAGAAGCCUGGCGUAAAGGCCAAGCCCCGAAAGAUCACCCUCAACACCCUGGAAGCCUGGGGGAAGCCCACGACUCCGAAAAGCACGGCCUCCUCCACACCUCAGACGCCGACAUCCGGAAGCACGAGCGCACCUUCGACCCCUCAGCCUCGUGUCAACCCCCCCACCCCGAAUUCCUCGAAAAAGCAGCCUCGUCUCACCCCACUCACUCCCACUACGCCCAAAGUCCUCAACUCCACCGGGUCUCCUGGGCCCACUACUCCUAAAGGUGCAUCGGCUGCUAAAGGGCCCACUCCGAGGCGAGUUUCUUUAACUCCGGUUGGAUCGCAUACGGCCAGCUCGCUCUUCAGCGCUCCAGCAUCCACUGAGAAGGCCAAACAUGGACGUCCUUCUCCUCCAACCGAUCCGCUCUGCCAGCCUCCAGAGUCCAAGCGUCCCAAGACGGGUGACGACGUCACAGCGGCAAGCAGCACUAACGAAACUUUAGCGUGAUGGUGAUGUACGGUACGCCGGAGCGUGACGUCAUUGGGGAAAUUGCAUGGUGUGUUCCCGAGUUCCCGAUCAGGGGUGUCCAAAGUUUUUCCACUGAGGUCCACGUACCAAAAAAUGUGGCCCUCAGCUUGCACUUUGCACACCCCUCCAUUACACACACAAAUGUUGUUGCAAUUUCUUUCAUUUAAUGACUUUAGUAUUUUUUUUCUAUAUUUUACAUUUGAAAUAAGUGUGAUGUUUUCAUCUUUUAAGUACACGAAUUGUAAAAUCCUACUAUAAAAGAAAUAAACAAGCGCCUGGUGCUUUUGUGAACUUU